AUGGGUUCCAAAUUCGAGCGGUUCACUAGCGAGGGUAAAGGGAAUGGUUUGAGGGCUGUUGUCAAAAUCAAGUGUGGCGAGCUUAUUUACACUGGCGAGCCUUAUGCUUUCUGUAUAUCCAAGGACUUCUUGAAAUCAACUUGUCAAAAUUGUUUAACGAGGGCUGAGACCCUACUGAGAUGUUCCCAAUGCAAGAUUGCCCGGUACUGCAACGCACAGUGCCAGAAACAAGCCUGGUCAGAACACAAAAAAGAAUGCAAAUGUCUCACACGCCUUCAGCCGAAGAUUCCCGCCGACUCCGUGCGACUGGUGGCAAGGAUCGUUUUCAAACUGCUCAGCGGGACGGGGAGAGACCCAGAGGAACCGUACUCGUUAGCAGAACACCAGUCACACCUGGCAGACAUGAGCGAACAGAAGAAGGAAGGACUGGGCCAUCUCUGUUCCAUGCUCAGACUCUAUCUAAGGGAAGAGGAGUGUGAUUUGUCUCAGCUGCCGUCGGGCUUGGACCCCAUCAACCUUCUUGCUAGAGUGACCUGCAACUGUUUCACUAUCAGUGAUGGGGAGCUUCAGGAUUUGGGUGUGGGGCUCUACCCUAGUAUGUCCCUGCUGAAUCACGACUGCCAGCCCAACUGCGUCAUGGUGUUUGAGGGUAAGAGACUCCAGCUGCGUGCCGUCAGGGACAUCCAGCCCCAAGAGGAGCUGACUAUCAGCUACACAGAUGUCCUUGCUCCCAGCACAGAGAGACGGAGGCAACUACAGGAGCAGUACCACUUCUUCUGUCAAUGCCAACGAUGCACCAGGGCAGACAAGGAUUCAGAUAUGCUGGCUGGGGAAACGGAAGCCUGGCAAACGAUCCGAGAUGCCAUCCCUCACUUAGAGCGACUUCAGGCCGACCAGCAGUGGGAAGAACUACUGACGCAAUGUCAAGUUCUACUAGACAAUCACGGAGGUGUUGUCCCGGACAGGAACAUCUACCUGCUCAGAGUGCUGGACAUGGCUCUGGAUGCGUGCAUCAGCCUCGACCAAUAUGACAAAGCCCUGGAAUAUGGCUACAGGACGCAGGGACCGUAUGAAUUGUACUUCUCUGAUCCACACCCGUCGAGAGCAGUGGAGCUCUUUCGCGUUGGGAAGCUCCAGCACUUUCUGUGCAGGCUGGAGGAAGCUCAUUGUAGCUUCAGACAGGCCUAUGAUAUUAUGAAGGUGACCCAUGGGAGUGAACAUGCUCUGACUAAUCAACUGCGCAGGAAACUGGAGGAGUGCCAGGCUGAGCUGGGUCGUCUCUAGCC